UAUUUGCAGCAAUAUACCGCGGACAUUUAAUUUAGUGGUCCUAAGCCGAACAUCAGGUACAACAACAACAAUGGCAUCUGAGAAGAUGAGACAGCUGAUUUCAAAAAGGGACGAUCUGGAAGCGGAAAUAAAGGCACUACAUGAAGUCCUUGAUUCGCAAAAGUCAAUUGGAAUGGAUGGACCAUUAAUAGAUACAGAAGGGUUUCCUCGAGCAGAUAUUGAUAUAUAUUCAGUUAGACAUGCAAGGCAGAAGAUCAUUUGUUUACAAAACGAUCACACAGCAUUGAUGGAGGAAAUUGAAGAAGAACUGUACAAGAUUCAUGCUGAGGCAAGACUGGCAUCACAGGGCACAACACAAGAACCAGACAGCACACAGGAAGUUAAAAAAUUUGUUGUCAGGGAACCGAUAGGAACUGUGAUGAGUGUUGAUGAAGGUUCACCUGCAGAAAUGGCCGGUCUGAGGGUGGGAGAUUCGGUGGUACAGUUUGGUUCUUUAACAGCUGACAAUUUCCAAGGAUUACAGAAUAUAGCCACUGUUGUACAACAUAGUAUUGAUAAAUCUCUACCUGUAGCUGUGGUAAGGGACAGUAUGGCUGAAAUAAAGUUGUCCAUCACACCAACAAGAUGGAAGCCUGAUAAAGGAUUAUUAGGGUGCAAUAUCAAGCCAGUGAAGUCCACUACGACCCGGUAGCUAGACAAGGAACAUGCAGCCUUCUAUAUAGAAAGACUAUUGAAGUUCCUUCAAGUUUAUUGCCAGUUCUAAUAGAUCACAGGAUGGGAUGGAGGAAUGUAGUUCUAUUUCAAAGAAGUUAUCUGAGUCUUACGAUUGAAUGUUUUUUGGGGGUAUCUUUUUUUUUGUAAAUUUGAUACUUGUUUAUCGUUGAUUAGUCUUCAGUUAGCUUGAAGAACAAAUUAUUGUAUUUGUUGAUAUCUGGUACCGAAGGUAUACAGCUCUAGAACUAUCAAGUAAAGAUCUUGUGUGUUCCACUUUGCCUCCAUUUUCAUGAAAAGUUAAGAUGUUAGUUGAAAGGAAAUUUAAAAUAUAUAUAAUAAAAAAAAAAUUGUGGAUAAUUUGCCAGCUACAUGUUCAUCUGGAGGUAUAUUAAAGAUGCAUCUUGGUAGGAGCUCGUGGCAGCUGUUGAAAAAAGUUGUUCAAAUGCAGUAAAGCUUUAAGACACUUCCAGGUAAAGCAUCUGGCUUUAAAUCAUGAAUACAUGUGUAUCGAAAUUUUUAGCUUGACUAUUGGAAGAAUAAGGAGAGCUGUUUUAGUCGCCCUGACUUCUUAACUACAGCCCCUAUAAUCAAACGUCACAUAAGGGACACUCUUAUGACAGUUUAGGGUUAAGUGCCUCAAAGGUCAAGGUCACACAGGUCAGAUAUUGUGAUCGUGCUAGUUAAAAUUUUAUUGUGUCAUUAUUUCAUUUUAUCUUAAGUUCUUUACUACUGCCCCUAUAAUCAUCAAACCUCACGACAGGAUUGGUCUUGGUUAGGGGUAGAUAUGGUUUGGUUUAGAGUCGGGUACCUUAAAGGUCAAGGUCACUGGGAUAAUUGAGCCGCGCCAUGAGAAAACCAACAUAGUGCGUUUGCGACCAGUAUGGAUCCAGACCAGCCUGUACAUCUGCACAGUCUGGUCAGCAUCCAUGCUGUUCGCUUUCAAAGCCUAUCGCAGUUAGAGAAACCCGCUAGCGUACAGCAUGGAUCCUGACCAGCUUGCACAUCCGCACAGUCUGGUCAGGAUCCAUGCUGUUCGCUAGCGGGUUUCUUGUUCGCUAGCGGGUUUCUCUAAUUGCAAUAGGCUUUGAAAGCGAACAGCAUGGAUGCUGACCAGACUGCGCAGAUGAUCCAUGCUCGUCGCAAUUGCACUAUGUUGGUUUUCUCAUGGUGCAGCUCAUAUGAUAUUGCAAUAGUGUUCUUCAAAGUUUUAUAGCAUGCUUCCCAUCUAGACUUUAACUCAUAUAUCCUGGUACUGGUACAUGUCAUAUCCCUAUUUUAAAAACCCUACCCCCUCCCCUCCACCACCCCACAGACAAAAAUUUACUUAAAAUUCUUUUAUAUCACUUGCACCAACUUUCAGCUCGUAUUGUUUCUUAGAUUCCCUGAUGUCCCCUGUCUUCAUCUGCCUCACACCCCACUCCCCAAGAUCUUUUUUUCAUCCCUCACCCCAAGAUCUUUUUUUCAUCCCUCACACUGUCUGGUUUAUAUCUUCUGAUAAUAAGGUAUAAGUAAACAUUUUUGAAAUGUUGAGCAUGCUCUUGUUCCAAUAGCUCUUGUUUUUAGAUGCUGUAUAAUUUAAUGAGAAAUAGGAAAGAAGAUAUUAGAUAAUUUAUAUUAUAUUUGUCUUGUAUUUGUGCUUUAUGCCAAUCAAAGCAGUUAAGAUUAAUUAUUUAAUCUGAAGUAAUUUUCUUUUUAGCUCACCUGUCACAAAGUAACGAGGUGAGCUAUUGUGACAGCUUGAUGUCCGUCGUGCAUCGUCUGUCGUGCGUCAACAAUUUGUAAAAAAUUUUCUUGAAAACCACUGGGCAGAAUUACACCAAACUUCACAGGAAUGAUCCUUGGGUGGCCCCCUUUCAAAAUUGUUCAAAGAAUUGAAUUCCAUGGAGAACUCUGGUUGCCAUGGCAACCAAAAGGAAAAACUUUAAAAAUCUUCUUCUCAAAAACCAGAAGCCCUAGAGCUUAGAUAUUUGGUGUGAAGCAUUGCCUAGUGGACCUCUACCAAGUUUGUUCAAAUCAUGACUCCGGGGUCAAAAUUGACCCCGCCCUAGGGGUCACUUGAUUUUACAUAGGAAAAUUUUAAAAAAUCUUCUCAAAAAGCAGAAGCCCUAGAGCUUAGAUAUUUGACAUGUAGCAUUGCCUAGUGGACCUCUACUAAAGUUGUUCAAAUCUUGACCUCCGGGUCAAAAUUGACCCCGCCCCAGGGGUCACUUGAUUUUACAUAUGAAAAUCUUCAAAAAAUUUCUAAAAAUAAACCAGAAGGCCUAGAGCUUAGAUAUUUGACAUGUAGCAUUGCCUAGUGGACCUCUACAAAAUUUGUUUAAAUCAUAACCCCCGGUGUCAAAAUUGACCACGCCCCAGGGGUCACUUGAUUUUACAUAGGAAAAUCUUAAAAAAUCUUCUUCUCAAAAACCAGAAGCCCUAGAGCUUAGAUAUUUGUUGUGAAGCAUUGCCUAGUGGACCUCUACCAAGUUUGUUCAAAUCAUGCCCCCAGGGUGAAAAUUGACCCCGCCCCAGGGGUUACUUGAUUGUACAUAGGAAAAUCUUAAAAAAUCUUCUUCUCAAAAAGCAUAAGCCCUGGAGCUUAGAUAUUUGACAUGUAGCAUUGCCUAGUGGACCUCUACUGAAGUUGUUCAUAUCAUGACCCUGGGGUCAAAAUUGACCCCGCCCCAGGGGUCACUUGAUUUUACAUAUGAAAAUCUUCAAAAAAAUUCUCAAAAUAAACCAGAAGGCCUAGAGCUUAGAUAUUUCACAUGUAGCGUUGCCUAGUGGACCUCUACAAAAAAAUUUUAAAUCAUGACCCUCGGGGUCAAAAUUGGCCCCGCCGCUGGGGUCACUUGAUUUUACAUAGGAAAAUCUUAAAAAAUCUCCUUCUCAAAAACCAGAAGCCCUAGAACUUAGAUAUUUGACAUGUAGCAUUGCCUAGUGGACCUCUACUAAGUUGUUCAAAUCAUGACCCCGGGGUCAAAAUUGACCCCGUCCUAGCGGUCACUUGAUUUUACAUAUGAAAAUCUUCAAAAAAUUUCUAAAAAUAAACCAGGAGGCCUAGAGCUUAGAUAUUUCACAUGUAGCAUGGCCUAGUGGACCUCUACAACAUUUGUUCAAAUCAUGACCCCCGGCAUCAAAAUUGACCCCGCCCCAGGGGUCACUUGAUUUUAUAUAUGAAAAUCUUCAAAAUUUUCCUAAAAAUAAACCAGAAGGCCUAGAUCUUAGAUAUUUGACAUGUAGCAUUGCCUAGUAGACUUCUACAAAAUUUGUUCAAAUCAUGACCCCCGGGGUCAAAUUGGCUCCACCCCAUGGGGUUACUUGAUUGUACAUAGAAAAAUCUUCAAAAUUUUCUAAAAAAAAAAAACCCAGAAGGCCUAGAGUUUAGAUAUUUGACAUGUAGCAUUGCCUAGUGGACCUCUACAAAAUUUGUUCAAAUCUUGACUCCCCAGGGUCAAAUUGACCCAGCCCCAGGGUUACUUGAUUUUGCAUAGGGAAAUCUUCAUAAAUUUGCUAAAAAUAAACCAGAAGGCCUAGAUCUUAAAGCUUUAGCUAAGAAAUUUGUUCAAGCAAGCAACUGUACUCAGGUGAGCGAUAUAGGGCCAUCAUGGCCCUUUUGUUGAAAACAUUCCCCUUUUUAUCACCUUCUAAGUUAUUAGAUCUCCUGGUAUUUGUCGAACAAUAGAGUGGACAGGAAAUAUAUCUAUUGAUAGAGCAAAAAACAGUUUAUUUGAUAAACUGGGGUGAAUCAAAUUUAUCUACAUAUAUGUUAAGCAUCUUUCUUACAUAUAACUUACUUGUUCUUUUCAUGUUAACAUUGAUUUUAAAUUGUUUCAUGGUGAAGAAAUAAAAAUUAAAAAAAGAA